AUGGGCAACACUCCGUCAUCUGCCAAAUCGGAAAAGGGCAGCCAACCGGCAUCGCCGGCGCAUGCUCUCCAUCACCACCACCACCGGGAGCAGCACCAACACGAAGCACGUCGCGAACCGCGACGCCGUGAAUCCAUCCCAGCACUGACGUCCAAGACGGCCGCUGCAUCUCCCUCCCUGGACACCACUUCAGCAAGCGGACAGGCCAUCUUCCCUUCGGCCUACUCUCCUUCACAGCCGCGCUCGACUCCUUCGUCUGGACACCAGCGCAAUCGCUCAAACACAGCGAACACCCCCAAGCAGGAGUCGUCGCCGUCGGUACCCCGCCGUUACAAGAGUCUCAAGUCCCCUAGUCCCCCUCCAGAGCCCCGACUGUCGCCUGCCUCGCAGCCCGUCGACGUUCCUCAAUCGCAGAGACCCCAUCGUCCUGCGUCUCCUGCCACCGAAGCCGCCAAUUAUCUCCCACAACCAGCCAGCUUCUCCCGACCCCCACGCUUGCCUUUGCCAAUUGAGCAGGAAGACCACACUCCUGGCUCUCCCAUAAUCUCUGCCGUCUUGCCAGACGACGGUCCCGAACAAGCCGAUCUUCCUCGGCGGUCAAGUGUCGUUAGCAGUACUGUCGAUGACGAUGAUGAAGAGCCCGACGGCUUCGAGGGCUAUGAAACAGACGCCGGCGGUCCAAAGGUGCCUACACUGAUAGAAUGGCGCAAUGCCAAACCUGGCGAACGUGUCUACGUGACUGGCACAUUCACCAAUUGGGAGCGCAAGUUCCGUCUACACAAAGAUGGACCCAGCAAACAUAAGAAUGCCCUGUCGGCCACACUCCAGUUACCACCGGGUACACACCACAUCAAGUUCAUUGCCAACGGCGACAUGUUGACCUCGAACGACCUGCCCACCACUGUCGACUACACGAACAUCCUUGUCAACUACAUCGAGGUCUCUUUGGAUCAGUUACCUUUGGUUCAGCCCGGCAAGCCUGUGCCUGCUGGCCCCCCUCCGGUCAAGCCCCAAGAACCUUCGCGACCCAUGGACAUCAGACCCAAGCCAACAGCCCAAGCAGAAAAAGAAGCUUCCGCUGCCAACCAACCACAAAACACUCCCCCAAAGUCAAACGCUCCCAAACCUCGCCAACAACCUCCCUUGGUCCGUCAAUCCAGCCGAGAAUGGACACAAACAAUCCCCGCCUAUCUCACAGAUCUCGACUCCUGGUACCCACCGCCAUCAGCGAAAGAGGACGCCCAAUCGCCAUCUGGCUCUGCUGCGCGGUACAGAUUCGAGCGCGCAAACGCAGCUGCCGAGUCACAACCAGCGCCUCCUUCACUUCCCAUGUUCCUUAGCAAGAGCAUUCUCAAUGGAACCACACCGACCAAGGAUGACAGUAGUGUUUUGAUCAUGCCAAACCACACCGUAUUGAACCAUCUGGCGACGACGAAUAUCAAGCAAGGCGUGCUGGCCACGAGUGCGACUACCAGGUACAAGAGAAAGUUCCUGACUACCAUCAUGUACAAACCGCGUAGCGACGGUGAGGAAUAA